UUUUUAUUAUAGUGUCGUUCGUAUCUAAGUGAAAAUUAAAAACACUUUUCAGUAAUUAAAACUUAUGAAAAGUAUAUAUACAUUUGAAUUUUAGGAAUAAAGUGGUUCAUAUAAUGAAAAAUUGAGGAAAUCCAUUAUUUGUUUUCGUUAUCAUAAGACGCAGACAACCUUAGACCAACCUGUGGUCUAAGAAGUAUGCUAAUAUUUUAUAUUCAAGCCCUAGAAAUCCUCUAUCAAGAUAUCGAACGUUUCCUCUAUUAAAGCUACAAGAAUAGCGCAGGUUUAAGUAUUUAAUAUGAGCGGCGGUGGAGUUGGGAGUGACUCUGCUGCGCCAAGUGGUCCGCGAGUGGUACAUAUUUACAAGACGGAAACUGGUUUUGGUUUCAAUGUACGUGGACAAGUUUCUGAAGGUGGGCAACUUCGUUCGAUAAAUGGGGAAUUGUAUGCUCCCUUGCAACAUGUAAGUGCUGUUCUGGAAAAUGGGGCGGCAGAAAAGGCUGGAAUUAAGAAAGGAGAUCGUAUUCUCGAGGUGAAUGGUGUUAGCGUAGAAGGAGCUACUCACAAACAAGUCGUUGAUUUGAUUAAGUCGGGAGGAGAUUGCUUAACUUUAACGGUAAUUUCCGUGACACAGCAAGAAGCGGAGAGACUUGAACCUCAAGAAGAUCAAAGUGGUUACUCUUAUAUUGACUAUUCUGAUAAACGUUCGUUACCCAUUAGUAUUCCAGAUUACAGUAUUGUGAAUCGGAAUGGAGAGCGCUACAUUGUAUUCAAUAUUCACAUGGCCGGGCGUCAACUGUGCUCUCGUCGUUACCGGGAGUUUGCGAAUCUUCACUCAAUACUACGGAAAGAAUUCGCCGGUUUUAAUUUUCCUAAGCUUCCAGGAAAAUGGCCAUUCCAAUUAAGUGAGCAGCAAUUGGAUACACGUCGGAGAGGUCUUGAGCAGUAUUUGGAAAAGGUUUGCGCAGUGCGUGUUAUUGCUGAAAGUGAUGCUGUUCAAGAUUUUCUCACUGACUCUGAAGAUGAUGUAUCCGCUUCUCCAGUGGAUAUCAAAGUAAUGCUGCCUGAUCAUGAAGUAUCGACUGUCUCUGUCCGAAAAUCUGCUAACGCGCAGGCUGUGUGGGAGCUUCUGGUCCAACGCGCCAAUCUUACAUCAUAUACACAGCAAUAUUUUUAUCUUUUUGAGAUUGUUGAAUAUAAUUUUGAAAGAAAACUGCAGCCACAUGAAAUUCCACAUCAGCUGUACGUGCAAAAUUACAGCACUGCAUCAAGCACUUGUCUUUGUGUACGUCGGUGGUUGUUUUCAGUGAAUCGGGAACUUGGCCUACCGGAUGGUGAACAAGCAGCAAAAUUUAUUUUCUACCAGGCAAUCGAUGAAGUUAAUCGUGGGUAUAUACGCGCCGAAGGUCGCCUUUACGAGCUAAAAGCCUUGCAAGAUGCUAAGAAAGCAUCGGAGUAUUUGGCAUUGGCGCGCACACUACCUGGCUAUGGUGAUGUUGUAUUUCCGCAUUGUGCCUGUGAUAGCCGCAAGGAAGGGCAUGUUAUACCGGCUGUUGGUAUAAAAAGUUUCCGUUUGCAUGCUUGUCGGGAGGAUGGUUCAAUGGAGGCGCAAAUGGUUGAGCUAACUUGGGAAAGUAUAACACGAUGGGAGAGCGACGAAGAGUCCAUGUCUUUCUGCUUUCAAUACAAUCGUCCGGAUAAACCGGCACGUUGGGUAAAAGUAUAUACGCCAUAUCAUUCAUUUUUAGCUGAUUGUUUCGAUCGAAUAGUGGAGGAACGAAAGUGGGAAGACACUGGUGAUUAACAGAAACGAGUUCACAACGCUUGAGCGUGGGCUUCAAUUUAUUCUAGUUUUACAACUAUUUAAGCAUUUCGCAGCAUCAAUUCAUUAUCUCUUAGCAUUUCGCUAUUUACCCAGUUGAUAAUCAACAUCUCAAAGYUACGACAUUUUCUACUUUUGUCAUUUCGACACUCACUACUCGUCUACUUCGUCAAGUGAAUUAUUUCGUGUACUUAGUAGCAAGUGGGUCUGAUAAAUUAUUAUAAUUAAAUUUAUUUUUAUUAAAUCAAUGGCCAUAAUAUCCCGAAUAUAGAGAAAUGCAAAUAUAAUUGAAGUAUUAAUUAUACAGAUGAAAUAACCAAAAUUAUUAAAUAUAUAACAACAAUAGGUUAACGAGCUUUGAAUGCAUUAUAUCAUACAAACUUAACYACACAUAACUCAGAAAUGACAGUUUUUAAAAUUAAGUCAACUGUAAAUACAUAUGUAUACAUGUAUUUAAAUGCACCAUAACACUUUCAAAUGUGAACAAAUUGGUAUUUUCGCACUAAGAUCAAAUUGCUUUUAACGUACAUACAUUUAAAUUAAUCUAAGAUGUUUAAGAAAUUAAUAUUAAAAUUGUUGUCAAUUUCUAAGGAUGAAGGCUUACGUACUCCAUAGUGGAACAAAUAUAUAUAGAAAAUUUAAUGGACAAGUAAAUAACGAAAGUCUAAAUAACUAAUUAAUUAUGAGUGAAAAUCAAAUAAUAACAAAUUGUUUAUGAAUUAAAACCCUCAAAAGCGUUGAAUGUAGCUAUAAAGUAAAAAUCAUGCGCAUUGGCCCAAAUUAAAUGAUAGUUACAAUAAGAUAUAUAUUAGGGGGAACUAGGAACAUUCUUCCAUAGUAUCUGAUGUAAAUUUAACAAAAACCGUAAAGUGAACAAACGUAAAUACGAAAAGUUGUAUUUUUUGCAAGUAUAUGAAAAUAGAAAAA